ACCGAUAAAUUUGGAUCAAAUAUAAAUGAAAUAAAAACUAUCAGAAGAAAGGGACACAAUGGAAGAUGGGCUAAUUGUAGUUAAACAUGGAAUCGGUAAAUCAGAAGUUAAACUUGGAAAAGAAGAAACAUUGGACGAAAAUAUUACAACAGAAAAUGUUCUGAUUAAACAAGAGAUCGAUUUAGAAGAAAUAUUUAUUAAAGAAGAAAUAUCAGAAGAAAGUGAUAAUUUAGAACAUGAACUAAUUACAGCUGAAUAUGAAACUGAUGAAUUAGAAGAUUCUGCUUCAAGAUUUCAAGAAAAUAAACCAUAUUCAUGUGAGUUUUGUGACAAAACAUUUACGUUAGCGAGUAGUUUAAAAAGACAUCAACGAACUCAUAAUGGAGAAAAAUCAUUUUCAUGUGAAAUUUGUGAUAAAAAAUUUAGUCAAAAAGCUUAUUUAGCUCAACACAAACGAAUUCACACUGGAUUCAAACCAUUUUCCUGUAACAUUUGUGAUAAAAAAUUUACUAAGUAUCCCAAUUUAAUUAAUCAUUUACGGACUCAUACUGGUGAAAAACCAUUUUCAUGUGAUAUUUGUGGUAAAAAAUUUACUGUGGUGAAUGGUUUGAAUAGACAUAAAGUGAAUCACACCGGAGAAAGGGCAUUUACUUGUGAAAUUUGUAAUAAAUCAUUUACACAUAACAAUUAUUUAAUUGGGCAUCAACGAAUUCAUACCGGGGAAAAACCAUUUUCGUGUAAAUAUUGUGAUAAAAAAUUUACACAGUAUCCCAAUUUAAUGGAUCAUAUACGGACUCAUACAGGUGAAAAACCAUUUUCCUGUAAAAUUUGUGAAAAAAAAUUUAGUUGGCAAAGUAGUUUAAUUAGUCAUAAUCGAAUUCACACGGGAGAAAGACCUUUCUCGUGUGAGAUUUGUGAUAAAACUUUUACGCAACAUAGUAGUUUGAAGACACAUCAUAAAAAAUUUCACACUGGGAAAAAACGUCUUUCAUGUGAAAUUACUACAGAAGAAAAUGUACAAAUUAAAGAAGAAAAUGAAACCGAUAACUUAGAAGAUUCUACUUCAAGAUUUCAAGCAAAUAAACCAUUUUCAUGCGACUUUUGUGACAAAAGAUUUAAAGAUCGAAGAAAUUUAGUUGUGCAUCAUCGAGUUCAUACCGUUUGUGACAAAAAAUUUAGUUUGCAAAGUAUUUUAGAUAGACAUAAAAUAAUUCACAUCCAAGACAAUCGUGCCGAUGAAGUUUUUGAAGAAGAAAACGUUUUGAUUAAAGAAGAAUUAAUUGACAUCGAUGAAAAACCAUUUUUACUUGGCUUGAAUGAUGAAAAACUUGAAAAAAAUAAUAAAUUUAAUGAAGAAUACACAAAAAAUGAAGUCAUUGGAGAAGAAAAUGUUCAAAUUAAAGAAGAAAUAAAUUUGGAACAAGUUUUGAUUAAAGAGGAAGCAUUCGAAGAAAAUAACCCAAUGGAACAGCUGAAGCAUGCAACCGAUCAAUUUGAGACUAUAACUGUUUCAAAACGUCUAAAAAAUAAAAAAUAUUCGUGCGAUUUUUGUCAUAUGGCAUUCAGUCGACGAUUUAGUUUAAAAAGACAUCAUACCAUUCACGCGAGAGAAAGACUUGAUAAAAGAAAUGAAAUUAUCGAAGAAGAAAAUGUACAAAUUAAAGAAAAUUUAAUAAAAUUAGAAGGAAAUUACCUAAAUACAACUGAGAAUGAAAACAUUAAAUUGAAAGCUAAAACUGUUUCAAAAUCUCGAAAAAACAUACCAUAUUCUUGUGAUUUUUGUAAGAAAACCUUCAGUCGACGAAGUAAUUUGAUUAAACAUAAACGAAUUCAUACCGGAGUAAAGCCAUUUUCUUGUAAAAUUUGUGAUAAACAAUUUCGUUGGCGACAUAGUUUAAUAAGUCAUAAUCGAAUACACACGGGAGAAAGACCUUUCUCGUGUGAGAUUUGCAAUAAAACAUUUACUCAACAGAGUAGUUUGAAUACACAUAAAGAAAUCCACAAACAAAUGGAUCUACUGAAAGAUCCAACCGAUCAAUUACAGAAAAGAACUGUUCCAAAACGGCAAAAGAACAAAAAAUAUUCAUGCGAUUUUUGUAAGAAAAUCUUCAGUCGACGAGGGAACUUAAUUGAACAUCAACGAACUCAUACUGACGAAAAACCAUUUUCUUGUAAAAUUUGUGAUAAACAAUUUCGUUGGCCACAUAGUUUAGUGAGUCAUAAUCGUAUUCACACGGGAGAAAGACCUUUCUCGUGUGAGAUUUGUGAUAAAACAUUUACCCAACAGAGUAGUUUGAAUACACAUAAAGAAAUUCAUACGAGGGAAAAAUGUUUUUCAUGUGAAAUUUGUAGUAAAAACUUUAAUCACAGAACGUCUUUAGUUCGUCAUAAACGAACUCAUUCCGUUCACCAGCAAACUGGUUUAAAUUUAACCCAUGAAGUGUUCGAGGAGGAGAGUGAUUUGAUUAAAGAAGAAUUUGACGAUGGAAAACUUGAAGAAGAAAACACGAAAAAUGAAAUUCUUUUAGAAAAAAAUAAUCACAUCAAAGAAGAAGUGAAUAAAGAGCUAGUUGUGAUUAAAGAAGAAACCUUAGAAGAAACUGACUCAAUGGAACAGCUGAAAGAUACAACCGAGCAAUUAGAAGAUUCUGCUUCAAAAUCUCAACAAAACAAACCAUAUUCUUGUGAUUUUUGUAAUAAAAGAUUUAGUUUGAAAAGUGUUUUAAUUAUCCACAAACGAAUUCAUUCUGGAGAAAAGCCAUUUUCAUGUGAAGUUUGUGGCAAAAAAUUUACUCAACAAAGUUCGUUAAAAACACAUCAAGUAACUCAUACUGGUGAAAAAACAUUUUCAUGUGAUGUGUGUGACAAAAAAUUUAGUCUUCAAAGUGUUUUAAUUGUCCACAAACGAACUCAUACGGGAGAAAAACCAUUUUCAUGUGACGUAUGUGACAAAAAAUUUUCUCAAUAUAGCACAUUAAAAACACAUAAAGUAACUCACACGGGAAAAAGAACAUUUUCAUGUGAAAUUUGUGAUAAAAAAUUUAAUCAACAAACUAAUUUAAAUAGACACCAAAUGGUUCAUACUGGUGAAAAACCAUUUUCUUGUGAAAUUUGUGGUAAAAAAUUUGGUCAAAAAAAAGAUGUAAUACAACAUAAACGAAUCCAUACCGGUGAAAAAUCAUUUUCAUGUGAAAUUUGUGAUAGAAAAUUUAUUCAACCUGGUGCGUUAAAAAGACAUAAAGUAACUCACACUGGAGAAAAACUAUUUUCAUGUGACGUUUGUGAUAAAAAAUUUACUCAUAAAAGUAGUUUAAUCAAGCAUAAAAGAAUUCAUUCGGGUGAAAAACCGUAUUCAUGUGAUUUUUGUAAUAAAGCAUUCAAUCGACAAAGUAUUUUAAUUGUACACAGACGAACUCACACGGGAGAAACACCAUUUACUUGCGAAGUUUGUGGGAAAAAAUUUAGUCAUAAAAGUAGUUUAAGUAAACAUAAAACAAUUCACAUCCAAGACGAUCGUAUCAAUGAAGUAUUUGACGAAGAAAAUGAUUUAGUUAAAAAAGAUGCUGAAAAACUAUUUUCACUUGACUUGGAUGAUAAAAAACUUGAAAAAAAUAAUAAAUUUAAUGAAGAAUUCACAAAAAAUGAAGUCAUUGAAGAAGAAAAUGUUCAAAUUAAAGAAGAAAUAAAUUUGCAACAAGUAUUGAUUAAAGAGGAAAUAUUUGAAGAAAAUGACACAAUGGUGGCGAUGAUAUAA